AUGGCUGAGGUGAAAUCAGAGGAGUGUUGUAUGGAGAAUAAACAAUCUAUUGCUGUUUCCUGUUCCUCUGUUUCUGAAGGCAGUGGCAGUGCAAUUCACAAUAUUAGUCAUGAAUUAUUCAAUCGGCAAACCAAUACUCCUGAGGAUGAUGUAGCUGUUGAAGAGUCUUUCAAUGAUUCACUCAAGGAUGUUCAGGACAUGUCCCUUAGGCUCUCAAUUGAUGGUGAUUUGGCUGCAGCAAGUGGUGGCCUUGAUAUGCAAGACCAAGUGAAAAGGGUCCUAAACAAGAUAAGGAAGUCAGAUUCUGGUCAAAAUCAGGAUGGUGGAAAUAAGAUAAGGAAGCCAGAUUCUGGUUCAAAUGUUGAGAAUAUGCUGCUUGACAAUGUAACCAACAAAUACCCUCUAUUGAGGAGAAGACGUAGGUUGAUUGUUAUAGCACUUGAUAUACAUGACAACAAUGGAGCUCCUGAUAAGAAGAUGAUCCAGAUAGUUCAAAGGAUAAUUAAAGUUGUUCAACUAGACCCUCAAACUGCAAGAGUUUCUGGAUUUGCUUUAUCAACUGCUAUGCCAAUGCUAGAAACAAUAGAGUUCCUUGCAUCAUGCAAAAUACCAGUAAAUGAGUUUGAUGCUUUAAUUUGUAGUAGUGGGAGUGAAGUUUACUACCCUGGUAUUCAUACAGAAAAAGGAAAGCUUUUGCCUGAUCCAGAUUAUGAGGUAGACAUUGACUAUCGUUGGGGUUGUGAAGGUCUCAAGAAAACCAUUUGGAAACUUAUGAAUACUUCUGAGGGUGAAGAUAAUUCCAAAACAAGUUCUAGCCCCAUUGAGGAAGAUCCAAAAUCAAGCAAUGUCCAUUGCAUAUCAUACAAAAUAAAGGAUCUUAGUAAGGCAAAGAAAGUUGAUGACUUAAGACAGAAGCUUAGGAUGAGAGGUCUACGCUAUCAUCCUAUGUACUGCAAGGGGUCUUCUAGAAUGCAUGUUAUUCCACUUCUUGCAUCUAGAGCCCAAGCACUCAGGUAUCUCUUUGUCCGUUGGAGAUUGAAUGUUGCAAACAUGUAUGUCAUACUUGGAGAAACUGGGGACACUGAUUAUGAGGAAAUGAUAUCUGGUACUCAUAAGACCAUAAUCAUGAAGGUAGUGGUGUCUAAGGGUUCAGAAGAGAUGCUUAGAGGUCCAGGAAGCUACCAAAGAAAUGACAUUGUUCCAAAUGAGAGUCCUUUUAUAGCUUGCAUUAGUGAAACAACAGAAGAAAAGAUUGCUAAUGCUUUAAAGCAACUUUCAAAAUCUGGAGGAAUCUGAGGUGCUACAGUAUUAAGUACCAUUUUCUUUGCUCUCCCUCUCUCUCUAUUUUUCAAAACAAGUAUUAC